AUGUUUGGAGCAACAACUUCAGUUCUGGAAGAUUUGGCUACUAAUGGAUCUACAUAUUCUCAACGUGGUGAUGCUACUUAUGCUCUUAAAUCUUUAUUAUCAUUUGAUUUUGUUUUCAUUUUGCAUAUGAUGAAAGAAAUCAUGGGAAUCACUGAUAAACUUUGUCAAGCAUUGCAACAAAAAUCUCAAGACAUUUUGAAUGCUAUGCAUCUGGUUUCUAGUACAAAGUCAUUGAUUCAACAGUUAAGAGAUAGUAGUUGGGGAGCACUUUUGGAGAAAGUUAGUUCUUUCUGCAAUGAUCAUGCUAUUCAGAUACCUGAUAUGGGUGCUUCUUUUAGUGACAUAAUUCGGUCUCGUCGUAAAAAGGAUGUUGUCACUGUUGAACACCACUAUCGUGUUGACAUUUUUACUAGCGUGAUAGAUUUUCAAUUGAAAGAGCUAAAUAGUAGAUUUAGUGAGCAAGCAACCGAGCUCCUCAUACUGAGUACAUCUCUAGAUCCUAAAGAUGCUUUCAAGUUAUUCAGUGUUUGCAACAUAUGCAAUCUUGUAAAGAAUUUCUAUUCUUUAGAUUUUUCUGAGCAAGAAAAGAUUCAAUUGGAUUAUGAGUUACAACAUUAUGAACUUGAUGUGGUUAAAGCUCCAGAUUUUCAGAAUUUGUCUACUCUUGCUGAAUUCAACAACUGA